AUGGUUGAUACAAGAAUACCAUCAACUACAAAUACUAGCAGCGGCAGCAACAGCAGCAGCAGCAGCAACAUGGCUGUGUUGCAUGAAGGCUGUAAGCAACCUAAAAUGCCACGGCGUCGCAUCAUUGCGUGCCUCGAUGGAACAUGGAACACGCCGUCAGCUCAUACCAAUGUAUUUCGAUUUUACAACAACAUUGAGGAAUCACGCCCUGUGAAAGCCAAUGACGAUCCAAAUCAUUACAUCCAGGUGGCCGAGUAUUUUCUAGGAGUGGGUGGUGCUGAGGAUGGUAUCAAACGUUACUUGGGCGGUGCUUUUGGAUUUGGUAUCAGCGAUCAAAUCUUGUCAGCUUAUGCAUUCCUCAGCGAGAACUAUCAAUGUGAGGAAGACGAGAUUUGGCUUUUGGGUGUCUCUCGUGGAGCCUAUGCGGCGAGAAGUCUUGCAGGCAUGAUCUACAAUGUAGGCUUGUUGCCAUGCAAACACAUCACUACCGCAUUGGACGAAGCAUACAGCUUGUAUCGUCGAAAAGAUAGAGCCAGCCACCCACACGAUCCAGAGAGCUUGGCGUUUCGUGCCAAAUACGAAUGUUGGCAUCCAGACAUUCGAUUCCUUGGUUGCUUUGAUACCGUUGGUAGCCUUGGCGUGCCUCGUCUUCCAUGGUACCUUGGUGGAUCAUUGUUAUGGAGCUUGUUCCAUGGAUUGCAUUAUUUUCACGAUACAAAGCUCUCUCCCAAGGUCAUCUCAGCCUUUCAUGCCAUUUCUAUCCAUGAACAGAGAGCUUGGUUUAGGCCCACAUUGAUGCAAUACGCUACCCACAAGCGAGAGCACCAACAGCUUGAGCAACUAUGGUUUCCUGGUACACACUCUGAUUUAUCCGGUGUGCCCAAGUCAUCGCACGUCCUUGCCAAUCACGCACUACGAUGGAUGAUGACCAAAGCACAAGACUGUGGCAUGGUAUUUAGACAACCGAUCAAUGACGUUUGUGGUGCACAAGCGUUUACCUUUUAUGACAGCUACAAUGCCGAGUCAGUGUAUCGGCUUGUGCCGCGUAAAGAUCGAUUCAUUGAUCCAGCCAUAUUCCCAGGCAUGCAAUAUUUGUACCAACAUGGCCAAUUCACAAAGUGCCUUAUGACCAGAGAUCAGCUUUCCCUUUAUCCAUCAAAGACGCUGAGUCGAUUCAAAAAAGAUCUCGCCGAGUUUCACAAAAAGAAACAACGAGAGCAACAACAACAGCAGCAGCAUGAUGAUAACCCAUCAGCUGAACAAGAUCGGCCAUCAUCAAGUCGUGCAAAUUAA